AUGUCGUUUCCGAACUCGAAUUCCGGCAGCUCAACAGGCGGCUUUUCGUUCUCUGCACCCGGUGGUACUCAAUCUCAAUCGGGUGAUGGCAAACCAGUCUCUUUGUUCGGUGGCGGAUCCUCGGGAUCGGCCCCGGCCUUUGGUGCGUCCUCAGGAACCGCAUCUUCUGGCCUCUUUGGAUCUAAACCGGCUGCGUCUGGUACUAGCGGAAGCCAGGCUCCUGGAACUACCACUGGGUUGUUUGGAAACACUGCCGCUCCUUCAAGUGGCGGAUUGUUUGGCUCGGCAAACAAGCCUGCUUCCGGUGGGCUUUUUGGCAGCUCCGCUGCGAGCACUGCUCCCGCAACCACUCCUGCCGCUGGAGAGAGUGGCUUUACCUUUGGAAAAACCGAUUCAGCUGCAAAGCCGUUUUCUUUAGGUCCGGCAUCUACAGAGAAAAAGGACCAGGCCCCUGCGGCAUUCUCCUUCGGUGCCAAACCAGACGAUAAGAAAGACCAAGCCGCGCCAUCACUGUUUGGUGCCUCCUCGGCACAGAGCGAUAACAAACCCGCUUUCUCUUUUGGUGCUUCCUCCGGUGCCUCUUCUACUCAAGAGCAGUCUAAGCCUCUGUUCGGUGCCAAACCUGAGGAAAACAAAGACAAGCCAGCAUUCUCUUUCGGUACUAAACCUGAAGAAAAGAAGGAUACGCCCGGCUUCUCUUUCGGCGCUAAGCCUGAAGAAAAGAAAGAUACGCCUGGUUUCUCUUUUGGUGCGAAACCUGAAGAGAAAAAGGAUCAGCCCGGUUUCUCGUUUGGUGCAAAACCUGAAGAGAAGAAAGAUCAACCUGGAUUCUCAUUCGGUGCUAAGCCUGAAGAAAAGAAGGACCAGCCUGGUUUCUCAUUGGGUGCUAAACCUGAGGAUAAGAAAGAUGAUAAGCCGGCGUUCUCUUUAGGAUCAACCCAGAAGGAAGAUGACAAGCCGGCCUUUUCUUUCGGAUCCAAACCCGAGGAGCAGAAGAGUGCAUUGACAGACAAAAAUAAUGCUACAACCAGUGCUGCUGGCAGCGCAGGUGUUGUUGAUCCUGCAAAGGCUGAAAUCAGUCCAUCUGUUUAUCUUAAAAACAAGUCUUUUGAAGACGUUGUUGCCAAAUGGACCUCUGCUCUCUCAAAGUCCACAACUAGAUUCAAGUCUCAAGCAGAGAUUAUUGCCGAAUGGGACCGCAUUCUCGCUGAUAAUGGCGCCAAAAUCAGUGAGGUCUACAAUGAAGUUGUUGCUGCCGAGCAGACACAAACACGAAUUGAUGAUCUUUUGAACUACCUUGGUCGACAGCAAGACGACAUGGAGGCUAUGCUCGAUAAAUAUGAACGACAGGCCAACGAGAUUCUCCCAGAGGGCAGUGCCGACCGUCUGCAACCAGUUGAUCGCGAACGCAGCGAGGCCUACGCUUUAGCGCAGCAGGUGAACACUAAACUUGAUUCUCUCGAGACCCAACUGGUCACUGUCAUCGACGAAAUCAAUAAAGUUACAAAGGACGCUAAUCAGCUCAAGGAAGAGGACCCUCUCGCACAGAUUGUGCAGAUCCUUAAUUCACAUGUUGCCAGCCUUGACUGGAUAGAUGAGAACGCUUCAAAGCUGCAGGAAAAGCUAGGGAAAGCUUACUCGCAGUCCUCACGACUGCAGUUUUAG